AGAUCGUAUUGUCCAUUAUCACUAUCAACGAUCAUCUUAUUGAAUUUCAGUUGUGUUUUCUUCUCUGAACAAAAAAAAUCAUGGCUAAGCUACUUUGCUUUGUUUCCUUCCUCCUUUGUUCCCAACUAUUCAUUACCUCCUCUCUCUCUGCUGCUUCUUCACCGGCUGUGUGUCCUCAAGAACAGGGCAAUGCUCUGCUCAAAUUCAAGUCCGCAUUUUCCAUCGAUAGUUGGGCUUCCAUAUCUUGCGCUGAUGAGGGAGUCACUAAUUACGCAAAGACAAAUUCAUGGAAGGAGGGAACAGAUUGCUGCAAAUGGGAUGGUAUCAAAUGUGAAAACCAGACCGGAAAUGUGAUUGGCCUCGACUUGAGUUGCAGUUGGCUUAAAGGUCCAAUCCAUUCCAACAGUAGUCUUUUCCUCCUAAAACACCUCCAGAACCUCAACUUUGCUCACAAUGACCUUCAACAAUCCAAGGUUUUGCCAGAGUAUGGUUCAUUGUCGAGUUUGACACAUCUUAAUCUCUCUUCUUCUAAUUUCAAUGGAACAAUCCCAUUGGAACUCUCUCGUUUGUCUCGAUUGGUUUCGCUUGAUCUGUCUUCCGGUAAUUCUUUAACUCUUGAAAGUUCUGUAUGGAACAAGAUCAACCUAACCCAGUUUAGAGAGCUCGUUCUCGACCGUCUUCGAAUGCCAUCCAUUUCAACAGCUACCUUUGCCAAUCUCUCAACCUCGUUGACCAUUCUCAGUCUUUCUCGUUGCGAACUGAAGGGUGAAUUUCCACACACAAUUAUUGGCUUGCCAAACCUCCAGAAAUUUGUGCUCUCAGAAAACCAUGAACUCAAAGCCAACUUUUCGAAAUCCAGUUGGAGCAAUUCCCUUCAGCAUGUGGAUAUCAGUUUCACCGAAAUUUCAGGGCAUUUGCCUCAUUCAAUUGGAAAUCUGAAGUCACUCCAGCAUUUGAAUAUUGGAAGUUCUAAAUUCAGUGGGUCAAUUCCAGACUCUUUGGGUAAUCUGACAGGGUUGAGUUAUCUGAGUCUUUUUGAAAACGACUUCAACGGUCACAUUCCACAUACCCUUUCAAACCUUGACCAGCUAACCAUCUUAGCUCUGGCUAAAAACCGCUUAUCGGGACCAAUUCCAAAUAUGUUUGGGAGACUGAGUAAGCUGAUUGGAUUGUCACUGAGUUCAAACAGUUUGAUAGGCCAAAUCCCAACUUCGAUCUGUAGCAUGAGUAAGCUUCAAGUACUUGAAUUGGGUAACAACAGCCUGAGUGGUGGCAUUCCACAGUGUUUGGUAAACCUGACACAACUUUCAACCUUGGACCUUUCCUAUAACAAUCUAGUUGGGCCCAUACCAACUGGGAAUCAAUUCAGUUCAUUCGGAAACGAAUCAUAUGUAGGAAAUCCCGGAUUGUGCGGACCUCCACUCUCUAAAAACUGCAGCAGAGCGUAAAGAACUAUCAUUUUGAUUGUUGAAUGUUGUAUUAUUAUUAUUAUUAUGAUUUUGAACUGUGUGGUUAUACAAUAGAAAUAAUGUGAUUGGUCAUUUGUCAUGACGAAAAGUGAAAAAUUCUUGGAUAUAUAUAUAUAUAUAUACAUACAAAGAAUAAAUUUAUUAUUUUCAAUGAUUACACUGAUCAAUGUAAUAAUAAAUAUCAACUUUCUUGUUGACCAAGAAUAGAAAAUGAGCACUUUCUUACAUCA